AUGGAACCAAUUAAAGUUUCUAUAAUGAGUUCAUCAGCCAGAAAAAAACGGUUCAUAAAAAAAUUUCUAAUUACUGUAGAAAAUGGAAUGACGUCACCGCCGGAGCCGAUUUUUCGUGCACCAGAGUCUGGGAGGCGGGGCGACGUGUUGCGCCCUGGGUCCGCCCGACCGUCUGGCGAUCGGAACCGCCCAUGGUUCUGUACAAAUUUUCGAUACCGUCACUCAACUUCGUAUCGUGAAUCUUUAUGGUAAGCGCUAAAAAAAUGAAAAUUUUGUUUCGAAAAUAAAAAAUAGUAAAACCGCUUUUGAAGACAUUACUGUUUCCAACGCUACUUAAUUGAUUACUGUUUCCAACGCUACAUUACUGUUUCCAACGCUACUUAAUUGAGGGAUCAAAAUGAGUUAGUUCACCGCAGAUUUAAAGCAAGAUGGAUCAGGAUUGGAACUAGAGAAAAAAAUAUUCCAGAUACUCUCUAAAUUUAUUAUUCUGACUGAGAAUGAGUUGUGAGAAAAGAGCUUGGUUUAAUGAACAUGUGGAAAAUUUCCAGAUGACGAAGAAAAUCGGCCGAUUUUAGCAGUUGGAUUUGUCGAUUACUAUCUUUGGGUGCAUGUUCGGAAUACCUGUAUUCUGGUUUAUAGGUGAGAAUAAUAAGAUUUCGAUUAUCAACCAUUUUUGAGGGAGAAUUUUGAAAAAACACAAAACCAGAUAAAAACCAUGUCAAAGAGUCAGACCGCUUCGAAGUGGACCUGAAAUUUUAAAUUUUAACACUAUUUUUCUCCAUUUUCAAGCUCUCAGUUUAGUCCUAGAGGUGGAAAACUGCUCCGGAAAAUUUUGAUAGAAAAAUUGAUAAGACAGGCGAAUCGAGAAAGAUCUUUUUUAAGUUCGAAAAAAGACCGUAAAAAUGUUCCAAAAAUUCUAAAUGACUUUCUGAACAGAUUUUUUGCUCUUCUUUCAGUUUGACCUGCCUUUUUUGAGCUUUUUUGUAUUCUUGGCUUCCAGAGCUAGAUUCCUAGAUGUCCGAUAUUUUGUUAAGCCAAGCAGAAAAACCCGAAUUUGGGAGUUGAAAAGAUUGAAAAAAUUUUUUUGACAGCCCUCAAAAAGAUAUUUUUUUCUAAAAACAUACCUUUCUUUACCUGUGAAGUACGAAAACUUCAUUGAAAAAAAUAAAAACACAAAUCCAAAAACUUUUCUAUUUUUUUUUCUUUCAAGAAUUCUGCUUUUAAUUAUUCUCUAUUCAGAUUGAAUAAUGAAAGGCGCUAUGACUUGAUCUCCCGACACGAAGUCGAACAUGUCGGAUUUUGCCGCUCUAUAGCUUUCGAUCAAACUCGGAUUCUUUAUGCCGAAGGGGAUGGUCCUUCGAUUUGCAUGUCGAUUCUGCUCGACCAAGGAGCCGUCGAGGAGUAUUCCCGAAUGGUGGAGAAGGUUUUUCUUUGAGCAUUUCAGAUAUAAAUUGAAAAAAAUUCUAGAAAAUAUUGAAAAAAAAAGUUUUUUUCAACUUCCAUCACCUUCUUUCUCCUUCCCGGGACCAAGAGAUCUAAUGGAAUUUUCAUUUUUCUUCCCAAAGGACCCUUUUCAAGGGGCCAUCUUAAAAUGGGUCCUACCACGGUUAAAAAUUAGAGAUUGUCUGUUUGAUGGAGGGCGCAGACAGACCACCCUUUCUUAGCGUCUCAAGCUAGCCGUAAACUGGCGGCUACAGUUUUUCUUCAGAACAGUUCCGUAAUAAGAAGUUGCAUAGCUGAUUUAUGACUAGCUUGGAACCCGAGGGGCGUGGCCUGUCUCCGCUCUCCACCAACCAGGCACUAUCUUACUAUUUUCGUGUCAGGACCUUUUUUCGAUGACUUAAGCCGGCCGGAAAUCAGCUGAGUUUAGUUUUUUAAAGGAUUGAACUUUUUAAACGAUAAAAUCCUUCAAAGAAAGACUUCCAGGACACUCCCAUGUGCAUGGCAACUUCGGUUGAAGGCCGGUUAAUCGUCGGCUUCGAAAAUGGAAAUGUUUCAGUGUCUCGUCUUGAAAAUCGGAAAGAAGCUGAUACGGUAGUAUUUAUUCAGGGAUAAAAACAAAAUUCUGGUUUUCAGAUCACUUUAGGGAACACUUCGGUGUUCUGCGUAGCGACAUCUUCGAAAAACUUUGCAUUCGGACUGGCCAAACCGCCGAUCAAAAUGUUCCCAGUGGAUGAUUUGCAAAGUCCGAUUUUGAUUGAAUAUCCCCCUUGGUGAGAUUUCACUUUUUCUAUGAAGAAUUUUCCGUUUUUGAUAGGUCUUUUUCGUCUUUUUCUAUGCGUUAUUGUUAGAGUUGAUUCAGGGCUAGCUUGGGGCGCUAAGGGGGAGUGGCCUGUCUGCUCCCUCCACUAGCCAGGCACUAUCUCGUUUCUUACCGUGUCAGGACCCAUUUUUCGAUGGCUCAAGCCAGAAUGUUCUGUUUCAAGGACAUGAAAAAGGGCGGGGGAAAAAAGGUCAAACUUGUUUUGAAAAAUAACGAAAAAGAGGCUAAAGGAAAGUUUUAGUCCAUUUUUUCAAGAUAUCCAGCUUUAAAACUUUUGGAAAGGCUAUUAAAACUUUUCAUAGGAUCUUUUUUUGAUCAGUAGAACAUGAGCAAUUAACAGAAUUUUUUUUUGUUUGAAUUGACCCGAGGAAGAAUGUCCGAACUCCUCAAAAAACUUUCCACUCAAUUUUAAGGUUUCAUUGAAACGCAUUUGACGCAUAAAUAACUUCUCAACGUUGCGAAGAAAUUACUAUGAAAUUGCAACCGACCUCAAAACGACUUGCGCGCGUGGGCAUCGAAACGUUACUCAAUUUCAAGAAGAAUUGAUUUUUUAAUUUUAUAACAUGAUGGUAACGGUAAAACGUUUUCUUAUGAACGGCCAAGUGAUCUAUAUAGGGGUUAAGGGGAAGCCUCUUAGGGGCAAAGUUCAGGUGCUUCCUGACCAGUACGGCCCUAAAGCUCAAGUGGUCCCUGUAGGUUUUUUUCAGAUUCGAAAAUUAUAAAAACGAACUUGACCAUAUCAUCGUUUGUUCAUUUUUUCUUCCUAGAAACGAUAAUUUAUUGAUUUUUCAUGAGAUUUCACGACAAUAUUCGACUAGUAUGUCCCGGAGCUACUUUUGCAAGCUUUAGUGCCCUUAAAGAGGAACGUCAAGUGGUCCUUUGAGGGAAACCUUCAAAGGCCUUUGGGACCACUCUAGAGUUUCUGGCUAGCCAUUCCAAAUGCGGCAAGGUUUCAAAGCCCGGUUGAAACGAAUUGAAGAAAUUCUUGCACCUUAAAGUUCGAAAAAAAUAUUAAUUUAUAAUAGUUUCUUGGAAAAAAAUAGCUGGCGUCUCAUCUUGUAUUUCCUGUUUACAGGUCGGAAGGCUGUUCGUCGAUGGCAUUCUCGCCCAACGGCAAGCAGCUUCUCGCCGGCUUCUGGGACGGUUCGAUGCGCGUCUUCUCCGUCGCCAAGCAGUCCAUUCUGCUCCAUCUCAAGUUCCACACGGCUACCGUAACCCAAGUCCUUUGGAGUGACGUCACUGGCGAGGAACGCGUCGUCGCGUCUUCCAACGAUGGCCGCGUCUCCGUCUGGGAUUUCCGCAAGAAAUGA